GCAUGGAAUAAUUCGCUUGCUCGCCCACACCAAAAAAAGUUCCGGCUACCGCGCCUCGUUCUGAACUCGAUAUCGCCUCAAACCCACGGGCCAACCACGCCACGCCGUAUAUUGUAAUCAUUUGCGGUACUCAGGACUUCUGCGCCUGCGGCAAACACCCUGAGAGCCGGCUACUCGCAUUGUUCGCUAUCGCCCACUGGUUGAUGCCUGCCGUCGACAGCCUGCAUCGCCACUUGCUGGCUGCCGCCUGAAGGACCACACCUGGCGCAAAACGCGUCGCGGCCCCCGACCCUGCCGACGAGUCCCCGAGCCCUUCACACCUAAUUCGAUAGAGCUGUAGGAGCCGUCACGAUGACGGACCACCACCGCGAUGUGUCGCAGUACAAGUACUCGGCUAUGUCCAACCUAGUCCUCCAGGCGGACCGCCGAUUUGUUACGCGCCGCGCCGAUGAGGCCACCGGCGACCCCGAGUCCCUUGCUGGCCGCCUGUCCAUCCGUGACAUGGGCUCCCGCAUAUCCCGUGACGACGCCCCCAAGCCAAAGAAGCCCUCACACAUGCCCGAUGUCCAGCGGGGGAGGAUAGACGAGGGGCGCGACGUCCUAGCCCAGCAGCGCGCGAAGCGCAAAGUGGAAUCGGGAGGUGGUAUCCUAUCCACAGCAGAUAUGCUAGUUGAGGGUCUGCGCUACCGGCCCCGAACCCCUGCGACGAGGGCGACAUUCGAGCUCAUUCUUUCCAUCGUCGCAAAGAGCAUUGGCGACGUAUCACACGAGAUGGUGCGGAGUGCGGCCGAUGCGGUGCUCGAGUUCCUCAAAGACGAUGACCUCAAGGACAUUGAACAGAAGAGGGAGAUCGAUGACAUCCUGGGUGCCAGUAUGAAGCCUGAAGAGUUUCACCAGCUGAAGAACCUGGGAAAGAAGAUCACCGACUACGACGCACAGGAUGACGACGACAACGGAGCGGCCGGAGCCAAGGACGAGGAGGAAAUCGACGAUCGCCAAGGAGUUGCGGUGGACUUCGAGGACGACGAUGACGACGGAGAGGGCUUCGUCAAUGAGAUCCGCGAUGAGUCGUCGGAAGACGAGGCUGAUGGUGAGUAUGAGUCGGACCAGCAAGGCCCCGAGGCUGCUGACGGAGCCGCGGACACACUCGAUGGCGAGGCCAUGAUUAUAGACUCGGCGCCACAAGGAAAAUCAGCUCAGGACAAAUCCAGGGACGCCAACCACGUACCUGCUCGUGAGAUUGACGCGUACUGGCUCCAGCGUCGGAUCGGAAGGCUAUACCCGGAUGCUCACACUCAACACGACAAGACGCAUGCUGCGCUGCGCAUACUCUCGGGCGAGCCCGAUGAGGCCGGGGGCGACGAGAAGCAGCUGCGCGAGAUUGAGAACGAUCUGAUGGAACUCUUUGAUUAUGAACAUCACGAGGUCGUUCAGAAGCUGAUAGAGAACCGAGAAAAGGUGGUGUGGCUGACGAGGCUUGCUAAGGCUGAGAACGACGAGGAGCGCACCUCGAUCGAGCGGGAUAUGGCGUCCGAAGGCUUGCGGUGGAUCUUGGAUGAGCUGCAUGGCAAAACGAGCGAUGAGCAGAGGAAACCCAAGCUCGAGAUCAAGAUGGAUAUCGACCACAACGCCUCGCUCGAUGCCGCCAAGCCGGCGGCCGCCGGUCAACAAGAUGGUCAACUGGUUGGCGGUCUCCAGCCCAAGAAGCUUAUUAAUCUGGAAAAUCUGGUCUUUGACCAAGGCAACCACCUCAUGUCGAACCCGAAAGUUAGCCUGCCAGAAGGCUCGACGAAAAGGACAUUCAAGGGAUACGAGGAGAUCCACGUUCCGCCGCCAAAGAAGCGCAACGACCCGACCGACGUCAGCAUACCCAUCACCGAUAUGCCCGAGUGGGCUCGUGCCCCCUUCAGCACUGCCAAAGCUCUCAACAAAAUCCAGUCACAAUGUUACCCGUCUGCUUUUGGAGACGACGGGAACAUGCUGAUCUGUGCUCCGACGGGUAGUGGUAAGACAAACGUCGCCAUGCUCACAAUCCUUCGCGAAAUCGGCAAGAACAGGGACCCCCAGACAGGAGAACUCGACCUGGAUGCCUUCAAGAUUGUCUACAUCGCGCCGCUGAAGGCACUGGUCCAGGAGCAGGUCGGGAACUUUGGCAAGCGUUUGGAGCCCUUUGGGAUCAAAGUCUCGGAGCUCACAGGUGACCGCCAGCUCACCAAGCAGCAAAUCGCUGAGACCCAGAUUAUUGUAACCACCCCAGAGAAGUGGGAUGUCAUCACUCGCAAAGCUACCGACCUGUCAUACACAAACUUGGUGCGCCUGGUUAUUAUCGACGAGAUUCACCUGCUUCAUGACGACCGUGGCCCCGUCAUCGAGAGCGUCGUCAGCAGGACCAUCCGCAGGACGGAGCAGACGGGCGAGCCGGUCAGGAUCAUCGGUCUCUCGGCCACUCUUCCAAACUACAAGGACGUGGCCAGCUUCCUCCGUGUCGAUUCCCAGAAAGGCCUGUUCCACUUUGACGGCUCGUUCCGUCCUUGUCCCCUGCGGCAGGAGUUUAUCGGCGUGUCGGAUAAAAAGGCCAUCAGGCAACUGAAGACCAUGAACGACAUCACGUACACCAAGGUCAUGGAGCACGUUGGAAAAAACCGAAACCAGAUGCUCAUCUUUGUGCACUCGCGGAAGGAGACGGCAAAGACGGCAAGGUACAUCCGCGACAAAGCCCUGGAGAUGGAGACAAUCAACGACAUCCUCAAGCAUGAUGCGGGCAGCCGUGAGAUCCUGAAGGAAUCUGCCGACCAAGCCAACGACAGGGAUCUUAAGGACCUGCUGCCGUAUGGCUUUGGAAUCCACCACGCCGGCAUGAGCCGGGCUGACAGGACGGAUGUCGAGGAGCUGUUUGCUGAUGGGUCGAUCCAGGUGCUGGUCUGCACUGCAACCCUUGCCUGGGGUGUCAACCUGCCGGCCCAUACAGUGAUCAUCAAAGGUACCCAAGUCUACUCCCCUGAAAAGGGCAGUUGGGUCGAGCUGAGCCCGCAAGACGUCCUGCAGAUGCUUGGGCGUGCUGGACGGCCACAGUUUGACACAUACGGCGAGGGCAUCAUCAUCACGACCCAGAACGAGAUGACUUACUACCUAUCGCUGCUCAACCAGCAACUCCCCAUAGAGUCCCAGCUCGUGAGCAAGCUUGUGGACAACCUGAAUGCCGAGAUCGUCCUAGGCAACAUCCGCAACCGUGAUGAGGGUGUCGAAUGGCUUGGCUACACCUAUCUCUUUGUUCGAAUGCUCCGCUCGCCCGGCCUCUACCAGGUCGGGGCCGAGUACGAGGACGAUGAGGCGCUGGAGCAGAAGCGCGUCGACUUGAUCCACUCGGCUGCCACCGUCCUCCGAAAAUCCAACCUGGUCAAGUACGAUGAGAAGACGGGCAAGCUGCAGGCCACGGAGCUGGGACGCAUCGCGUCGCACUACUACAUAACGCACGGCUCGAUGGACACCUACAACACUUUGAUCCAGCCCAACAUAACGACCAUUGAGCUGUUUAGGGUUUUCGCCCUGAGCGCUGAGUUCAAGUACAUCCCGGUCCGUCAAGAGGAGAAGCUGGAGCUGGCCAAGCUACUAGGCCAGGUCCCCAUUCCGGUCAAGGAGAGCGUCGAGGAGCCGCACGCCAAGAUCAACGUUCUUCUGCAGGCUUAUAUCUCGCGGCUGAGACUUGAUGGUCUUGCUCUAAUGGCCGACAUGGUCUAUGUUACGCAGUCCGCCGGUCGCAUUCUGCGUGCAAUCUUCGAGAUUGCACUCAAGAAGGGGUGGGCAUCUGUCGCCAAGACGGCCCUGGACCUGUGCAAAAUGGCCGAGAAGCGAAUGUGGCCGACCAUGACGCCGCUCCGCCAAUUCCCUACGUGCCCGCGCGAGAUUGUCGGCAAGGCAGAGCGCAUUGAUGUCCCCUGGACCAGCUACUUCGACCUGGAUCCCCCGAGGAUGGGCGAGCUCCUGGGCAUGCCCAAAGCCGGCAAAACAGUCUGCUCUCUCGUGUCCAAGUUUCCGAGGGUAGAGAUUCAGGAGCACGUCCAGCCUCUUACCCGUUCUAUGCUCCGGGUGGAGCUGACCAUUAGCCCAAAGUUCGAGUGGGACGACGACCUCCACGGCACCGCCGAGAGCUUCUGGGUCAUUGUUGAGGACUGCGACGGCGAGGAUAUCUUGUUUCAUGACCAGUUCAUCCUGCGCAAGGACUAUGCCCAGUCAGAGACCAACGAGCAUCAGGUCGAGUUUACCGUCCCAAUGACGGAGCCGAUGCCUCCUAACUACUUCAUCUCGGUCGUGUCGGACAGAUGGAUGCACUCGGAGUCGCGCAUUGCCGUCUCGUUCCAGAAAUUGAUUCUCCCCGAGAAGUUCCCGCCGCACACGGAGCUGCUCGACCUACAGCCUCUCCCCGUAUCGGCGCUCAAGGCGAAAGACUACGCUGCGCUGUAUCCGAGAUGGGAGCAUUUCAACAAGAUCCAGACGCAGUGCUUCAACUCGCUGUACGCCACGGACCAGAAUGUCCUCGUCGCAGCACCCACAGGCAGCGGCAAAACAGUUUGUGCUGAGUUUGCUCUCAUGAGGCUGUGGUCGAAGGCGGAGCACGGUCGCGCCGUGUACAUCGCGCCGUUCCAGGAGCUCGUGAACGCGCGUUUCCAAGACUGGGGGAAGCGACUGUCAGGUCUCCGAGGCGGCAAGGGUGUUGUCAAGCUCACAGGCGAGACAGCCACGGACCUGAAGCUGCUUGAGAAGGGCGACCUCAUUCUGGCUACCCCGACACAGUGGGAUGUCCUGUCAAGGCAAUGGAAGCGGCGCAAGAAUGUGCAGACGGUGGAGCUCUUCAUCGCUGACGAGCUUCAUAUGUUGAGCGGACAGCUGGGCUUCAUAUACGAGCUCAUCGUCUCACGCAUGCACUACAUCAGGUCGUCGACGGAGCUCCCGAUCCGGAUGGUCGGUCUGAGCGUGUCCCUGUCCAACGCGCGUGACAUCGGCGAGUGGUUGGACUGCAAAAAGCACGAUGUCUAUAACUUUAGCCCUCACGUGCGUGCGGUGCCGCUUGAGCUUCACCUGCAAUCAUUCACCAUCCCGCACUUCCCCUCCCUCAUGCUCGCCAUGGCUAAACCCACGUACGCCACCAUUACUCAAAUGUCUGCCGACCGACCGGCCAUAGUGUUUGUCCCAACAAGGAAGCAAACGCGGGCGACGGCGCGCGACCUUCUCACAGCCUGCCUAGCAGAUGAUGACGAGGACCGCUUCCUGCACGUGGACGUGGAGCAGAUUCAGCCCUUGCUCGACAAGACGCAGGAGGAUGCGCUGAGGGAGUCGCUUUCGCACGGUGUUGGUUACUACCACGAGGCCCUGAGCCUGACAGACAGACGUAUCGUCAAACACCUCUACGACAAGGGGGCGAUCCAGGUCCUUGUCGCAUCGCGCGACGUGUGUUGGGAACUGGACAGCACGGCGCACCUGGUGGUCGUGAUGGGCACCCAGUACUUCGAAGGGCGGGAGCACCGCUAUGUCGAUUAUCCCGUCAGUGACGUGCUCCAGAUGUUCGGCAAGGCGCUCCGCCCUGGCAAAGACGGCCGCGGCCGUGGUGUGUUGAUGCUGCCAGCGGUGAAGCGGGAAUUUUACAAAAAGUUCCUAAACGAGGCCAUCCCUGUGGAAUCUGUGCUUGCCGAACAGUCACAGAACCACGCCUACCUGCACGACGCAUUCGUGACGGAGAUCAGUACCAAGAUGAUCGAGUCGGGCGAUGACGCUCUCAGCUGGCUGACGUUUACGUAUUUCUACCGGCGGUUGCUCGCGAACCCGAGCUACUACGGGCUGACAAACGUGUCGGAGGAGGGUCUGGGCAAGUAUCUCUCGGAGCUUGUGGAGGAGACUCUGACGGAGCUGUCGCAAUCCAAGGUCGUCGAGUUCGAUGAGGAUGACGGAUCUGUGGCGCCCCAGAACGCGGCCAUGAUUGCGGCAUACUACAACAUCUCGUAUAUCACGAUGCAGACGCUACUGCUUUCGCUCAAGGCCCGCACCAAGCUCAAGGGCAUCCUGGAGAUCAUCACGUCGGCUGCCGAAUUCGAGUCGAUACAGAUCCGAAGACACGAGGGAGGAAUCCUGCGGCGCAUCUACGACCGUGUUCCCGUCAAGAUGGCCGAGGCGUCGUUUGACUCGCCGCACUUCAAGGCUUUCGUUCUGCUGCAGGCUCACUUCUCCCGGAUGCAGCUGCCCAUCGACCUCGCAAAGGACCAGGAGGUCAUUCUCUCCAAGGUGCUAGGCCUGCUCAGCGCAACCGUCGACAUCCUGUCCUCCGAAGGCCACCUCAACGCUAUGAAUGCCAUGGAGAUGUCGCAGAUGGUAGUACAGGCAAUGUGGGACCGCGAUAGCCCACUCAAGCAGAUUCCGCAUUUCGGGCCCGAAGUGGUCAAGGUGGCAAACGAAUUCGGGAUCAAGGACGUGUUCGAUUUCAUGGAGGCCAUGAACCCAGGAGAGAACCCGCAGUACGAGACUUUGGUAAAGCGACUGGCGCUUUCGCAGAGCCAGCUUGCGCAGGCGGCCAACUUCACCAACAGCAAGUACCCAGACAUCUCGAUGGAAUUCGAGGUCGAGGACGAGGAGAACCUGCAUGCCGGCGAGCCGUCGUACUUGAAGAUCAAGAUCGAGCGUGAGGUGGACGAGGACGAGGAGAUUGACACCACAGUACACGCUCCCUUUUUCCCUGUUAAGAAGUCGGAGAACUGGUGGCUGGUUGUGGGCUCCGAGGCCACGAAAACUUUGCUUGCCAUCAAGCGCGUCACGAUUGGGCGGAGUCUGGACGUACGGCUCGAGUUCACGGUGCCAACGCCCGGAAAACAUGACUUGAAGCUAUUCCUGAUGAGCGAUAGCUACGUCGGCGUCGACCAAGAGCCUGGUUUCUCUGUCACCGUUACCGAGGGUAUGGACGUGGACGAUGACGAUGACGAGGACGAGGACGACGAGUAAAGGGAUUGAAAGAGGUCGGGAAGCGACGAGGCAUGCAUAAAGACAAGGGCGCACUCGCCCUACUGAUCUUGUUGUAUAUAUAGCUAGAUGAUGGAUUAGUUGCCAGUCAGGCAACGAACAGGAUGUGUUGGACAAGUAUCCACGGCGCCCACAGUGAUGCGUUUCACACUUUUACG